CUGAUUCGCAUCUACCACCCAGCUGGUGAGCAGCAAGGAUGUUUUUCUUUUUGCUCUUCGGCGUACAAGUGGUCCAAGCUUUGGAGGGACGAGCCUGGGGAGGGACUUACCCUUGGAUUGAGAUUUGCGCCCUGACUGGAGCAAAGGCCAACCUUCGCUGCGUCUUCACAUAUCCAGAAAAAAUAGACGGCCAGGAAACCGUUGUCCAGAGGACGCAGUGGUUCAUCAAAGAACACGACAACGAGCCUGAAGAUCUGAACCUGGACCCCGACUACGCCGGGCGUCUGCACUACGACUGUCACCGCGACCGGUGCGGUUUGACAAUCACCGAGCUGAGAGAGAGCGACUCGGGCACGUACAAGUUCACAUUCAUCACCAAACAAUGGGAUGGAGGAAGAUACACCGUCAUGCCCGGAGUCAAGCUCACCGUCACCGAUCUCAGUGUGCAGUGGUACGGAACUCAUGUCAAAUCUCUGAGCUGCGUCAGCGAGUGCAGUCUGGGGCCGUCCACUUCGUACGUCUGGUUCGAGAACGGAGAGGAGAUCCCAGAAGAACACUCGCAAGUGUACACACCGACCCCUGACUCGAAAAACAGCUUCUCGUGUGCCGUAGAAGGACAUCGUCAACUUGUGUCUCCUCCAGUGUGCGUGUCCCGCUCCUGUAACAUGGUGCAUUACGACACCAGAAGCGUCUGCGCCCUCAAAGGCGCCUCGGUGGACAUUAAUUGGACCUACAGCAGCUACGACCAGGUCAAGUCAGAGUUCUGGUUCCGUCCGGAUCGCAAACACUUGUGGACGAACGCCUCUGUGCCUCAGGACCUCCAGUUGGAAGAGCAGUAUCACGCUCGUUUCCAGUUUCUUCUCCAAGAUGACGGACAUUCCAUUCUGAGGAUCGAAAACGUGAUGGAGAGUGACGCCGCCGAGUAUCGUUUCAAAUUCACCACGCGAGAUUUCGAAUGGACGAAUAGCUUACCGGGAAUCAAUUUGAACGUCGCAGGUAAGUUCAAAUGAGAUUCAAGGUACGAAGGUCUCCAGCCCGAGCUCAUCUCGCCCGCAGCUGUGCAGGUGCGCGU